GACCAGUGACAGAAAGAGCUUCUAGGAAAUUCCUAGAGCGUUUGUUUGGAUUGAUAAUAUUACAAAAUGACUAAAAUUAUGAUAAAAGAGAUGGACCUAACAGAAGAUGAUAUUGCAGAUUUAAUUAAAAAAAUCUACCCACACAAAAAAUACCAUUUAACGUACUGUGUUCAAAAGUUUCCUGAGAAAAUAGGGCUGCUGGGAGAGCAUUAUACGCUUAACACUACACUAAAAGACUUGGAAAAUAAAGAAAAAGUGCACAAAACAUUUUUCGUAAAAUGUUUUCCAGAAAUACAAGAACAAGCCGAGUUGGCUGAUGGAGUGGGAGCAUUUAAAAAGGAAAUAUUUAUUUAUGAAUUAUUCGAAAAAUUUAAACAACAUAGUUUAAAACUUAUAUCCAGUUGCACGCCAUUAUUAUUUGAUUGUAGGUAUAACAAAUAUUUAAUUCUUGAAAAUUUGGGUGCGUCUCUAUACGAGGGUAUAGAUAAAAUGAGAUUCCUCGAGUACAAUGAAGUAUUAAUUGUCAUACAACAACUAGCAAAAUUGCAUGCUAGCAGUAUUGUAUAUGAGGAAGAAAUGUCUAAAAAGCUUGAAAACAUAUACAAUCUUUUUGAUGAAUAUAGAGAAGAACUUGAAGAAUCUUUCUUUAACGACAGGGAAGGAUUUAUAAAUCACGCAGGUGUAAAUGCUUCUAUUAGAGGUGUUUUAGGGGAAAUAAGUUUGUUUAAUUUUGAGGAAAAGUUGGCUUCAGGAAAACAAUUUUUGGAUGUAGCUAAAACAAUGCUCUAUAAAGUUUACGACUUAGUUAAACCAUCUACUAAAUACAGAAAUGUUAUUACCCAUGGAGAUCUUUGGGCUACUAAUUUUCUUAUUAAAUACGACGAAAAGAACGAACCUGUUGAUUGUAAGUUUGUAGACUUUCAGUGCAGUAGAUAUGUGCCUCCUGCUCAGGAUGUUUUGUCAUUUAUUUACCUGACAACGUCAAGAGAAUUCAGGGAAAAACAUUUGUAUCAGUUACUAGGAUUAUAUUAUAAUUAUUUGGAUAAAAACCUCAAGUCAAACGGAGUAUUAACUGACAGUAUUAUAAACUUCCCAGAUUUCCUGGAUAGCUGUGAAGAACAAAAAAUAUUUGCAAUAAUUCAAACCGCAAUUUACUUUCCUUUGAUUUUGAUUAACUCGAGCUGCAUAGAAUCAUACUUAAAAGAUAAAGAUCUACAUAAAAAAGCUUUGUUUGAGGAUAGAACUCAUUUAAUUUUAGUGCAUAAAGAUAAAGACAGAGCUUACACAAAGAGGCUAAAGGAUUCCAUUUUGGAUUUAAAACGAAUUUGUGAAUAUAUCUAAACAAUUAUAUUAUAAUAAUUAUAGCUUUAAUAAAG